UGCCAACAUCGAUGUCUCUCCACCCCCCUUUCGAAUACUUGAUGGAAAAAAGUCUCAUCUGCAACAAGGAUUCGCGCAAGGAUAGCGCCAGGAAAGGCAACCGUUAAUUGAUCCAACCCCUCGGCGGCGGUCAGUGCGAGUGCACAGAGUAUCCGCAAACCCGCAGCCACGAGCGCAUCCCGGCGAGCGGCAAAAUCCGGACAGAGCAGGGGCAGAAGCGAAACGAGCGUCGAAUACAGAACUUCGCAGGCAGGGGGCAGCAGGCAGCAGGAUGUGGGACUCGUCCAUGUUUCUCAGCACUCUGACGCCCAAGUUCUACGUGGCGCUCACAGGGACCUCCAGUCUGAUCUCGGGCCUGAUCCUAAUCUUCGAGUGGUGGUAUUUCCGCAAGUACGGCACUUCCUUCAUAGAGCAAGUCUCCAUCAACCACAUUAGUCCCUGGAUAAACGGCAGCGAUGGCCAGUCGGAGUCUAGCAAUGGCAGUGGCAGCAGCAGCAGCAGUGGCUCCAGCAGCAGCAGUAAUGGCGGAGCAGGCGGAGGAGGAUCUGGGGGGGCUGGCGCAUCGGCCGGUGGCAGUGCCACCACCAGCACGGGCACACAAAUGCCCGAGUGCAAGGUCUGGCGGAACCCCCUGAAUCUCUUUCGUGGCGCUGAAUACCAGAGAUUCUUUUGGGCCACCAGCAAGGAACCGUUGACCUACUACGACAUGAACUUGAGUGCCCAGGAUCAUCAGACCUUUUUCACCUGCGAGGGCGAUGCUCGCAAGGAGGAGUACGAGAUCAUGCAGACGGCCUGGCGCGAACGCAAUCCCAUGCAGCGCAUCAAAUCGGCACACAGUGCACUGGAAAUCAAUGCGGAAUGUGCGCCAGCCUACAUACUGUUGGCCGAGGAGGAGGCCAUGACCAUUAUGGAGGCGGAGAAGAUCCUGAAGACAGCUCUGAAAGUGGCCGAGAUCAACUACCGCAAGUCGCAGGCAACCCAGCAUCAGGGCGCCAUAGCGGAUGGCAUGCAUCGGCGGGACACCAAUGUGCUGAUCUACAUCAAGCGGCGGCUGGCCAUGUGCGCCCGCAAGCUGGGCAAGCUGAAGGAGGCGGCCAAGAUGUUUCGCGAUCUCACCAAGGAGAUACCCUCGAUCAUGAGUGUACUCAACAUACACGAGAAUCUGAUCGAGACUCUGCUGGAGAUGCAGGCCUAUGCCGAUUGCCAUGCCAUUCUGGCCAAGUACGACGACAUCUCGCUGCCCAAAUCGGCGACCAUCUGCUAUACGGCUGCUCUGCUGAAGGCGCGUGCCGUGGCUGACAAGUUCUCGCCGGACAUUGCAUCCAAGCGGGGCCUUAGUCCGGCGGAAAUGAGCGCCGUGGAGGCCAUUCAUCGGGCGGUGGAGUUCAAUCCGCAUGUGCCCAAGUAUCUGCUGGAGACAAAGCGUCUGAUCCUGCCGCCAGAGCACAUCUUGAAGCGUGGCGAUUCGGAGGCACUGGCCUAUGCGUUCUUCCAUCUAAAGCACUGGAAGCAGGUGGAGGGGGCCCUCAAUCUGCUGCACUGCACCUGGGAGGGCACGUUUCGCAUGCUGCCGUAUCCGCUGGAGCGCGGCCAUCUCUUCUAUCCAUAUCCCACGUGCACCGAGUGCGCGGAUCGCGAACUGCUGCCGGCGUUCCACGAGGUGUCCGUUUAUCCCAAGAAGGAGCUGCCCUUCUUCAUCCUGUUCACGGCGGGACUGUGCUCCAUAACCGCCCUUCUGGCCUUGGCCACCCACCAGUAUCCGGAGCCGAUGGGCCACCUGGCACAGACCGUACUUACCUGGAUUUCGUAUCCAUUUCAGUUGCUCAAGGAGCGCAUCGAGGCGUUCUGGCCGUGCAAUCUGCUGCAGCAGUUGUCGCGCGUCUAAACUGGAGGUCACGUAGUCCUCCACUUUCCACCCUCGAAUGACGUCUCACACACAAACACACACUCACACAAAACAAGGAACACCACACAUACUCACACGCAUCCAUCUCCAUCUGGUUAAGAAACCAGCGGGCGGCAAGCCACAAAAACCACUCAAAACACACCCUAAAUGCAUAACAUGAAUAUAUAUAUAUAUAUAUAUAUUAAAACGUAUAUAUAUUUUGGAUCUUAAUAUGUCUGUGUUGUCUUCGUGAAAUAAACAUAAACAAAGCAAAAGCAAACAAACACGCACUCAGCUUCCAAGUGAUCCGGAUGAACGAAACGAAUUUUCAGCAGCCACGCAAGAGGAAACUAAAUUAUUCUUAAGUUUUAUUAUUAUUUUAAUUAUUGUAAACGAGUACGAGGAGCCAGUAAACUAAAAUGCAGAAAUUA